UUUCUGAUGAAUUUUUUCCAUAUGCAAGGGCCCACUACUCAGUCAGUGCUGCUCACCUGUGAGUCUGAGAGCCCUGGAUGGUGAAGAGAGGAAACUAUAGCAAAGGAUCCAGGCAUUCCAGGACAAUGGAAUUCUUGGAGAAGACACUUCUGAAACAUUGAUCUUUCCUAGCUCUUAAUUUUGAAAACCUUGAUGUGAAUAGUUAUUCCAGUCAGUAUUUCUGACACAGAAACUUGGAGAAGAACAAUAAGAAGAAUGGAUGCUUCUCUGGUAAAUGCUUCCCAGGAUCAGUUAACAUUCAAGGAUGUGGCUGUGGACUUCUCACAGGAGGAAUGGGAAAGUCUUGACCAUGCUCAGAGGGCACUGUACAUGGAUGUGAUGUUGGAGAAUUACAACAAUCUCUUUUUUGUGGAGAAUCAUUGCAUAUGUCAUAAAUAUGAGAACUUCUUGGAUCAAGAUGUACAGCAUAUUGUCCACGAGCAUAUGAAUAUCCAAGAGAAGUCUUAUAAAUGUCAUGAGCUUGUUAAAAUCAUUCAUGAAUCCACCCAGAGUACACCUUACAAAACUAACCUCAGGGAUACACCUGUUGAAUCAUCAAACCUCAAGAGACAUGAAACUGGAAACAACAGAGAACUUUCCAAAUAUAAAAACUGUGUAAAAUGUUUAAAUUUGUGUUCUAGAAUUAGUCUAAAUCAAGAAAUCCACAUAGAAAAGAAAGAUGAUGAGGUUUUUAACUCUAAACAAAACCUCAUGCUCAGACAAACCAAUAGUGGAAAGAAACCUUACAAAUGUAAUGAAUGUGACAAAUGCUUCAUCCAGAAAGGUGAUCUUAGAAGACAUCAGAGAAUGCAUACAGGAGAGAAACCUUACAAAUGUAGUGAAUGUAACAAAUGCUUUACCAUCAAAAGUGAUCUUAGAAUUCAUCAGAAAAUUCAUACAGGAGAGAAACCUUAUAAAUGUUGUGAGUGUGACAAAUGCUUUACCAACAAAUAUCAUCUUAGAACUCAUCAGAGAAUACAUUCAGGAGAGAAACCUUACAAAUGUGGAGAAUGUGACAAAUCUUUUACCCAGAAAGGCAAUCUUAGAAGUCAUCAGAGAAUUCAUACAGGAGAGAAACCUUACAAAUGUACUGAGUGUGACAAAUGCUUUACCCAGAAAUGCAGCCUUAUUAUUCAUCAGAUAAUUCAUACUGGAGUGAAACCUUACAAAUGUACUGAAUGUGACAAAUGCUUUUCUAACAAAGGUGAUCUUAAAAGUCAUCAGAGAAUUCAUACAGGAGAGAAACCUUACAAAUGUAGUGAAUGUGACAAAUGCUUUACCCACAAAUGCAGUCUUAGUAUUCAUCAGAGACUACAUUCAGGAGAGAAACCUUACAAAUGUACUGAAUGUGACAAGUGCUUUACCCAAAAAUGCAGUCUUCUUAUUCAUCAGAGAAUUCAUACAGGAGAGAAACCUUACAAAUGUACUGAAUGUGACAAAUGCUUUACCAACAAAAGUGAUCUUAGAAAUCAUAAGAGAAUUCAUACAAGAGAGAAACCUUACAAAUGUAGUGAAUGUGACCAAUGCUUUACCCACAAGUGCAGUCUUAGUAUUCAUCAGGGAAUUCAUGGAGGAGUAAAACUUUAGAAAUAUGAAUAUCAUAAACUUUUUAGCCAGAAACAAUCUUAACACUCAUCAGAUAAUGCAAACAGUAGAGAAACUUUACAAAUGAAGUAAGAGGAAAAUCAUUUAACAAGGAAGAUCAUCUUAGAGCUCAACAGAGACAAUAUAUAGAAAUGACAACUUACAACUGUAGUAAACGUACAAAUCCUUUACUGUUGGCUUAUCUCUUGAAUACAUCAAAGAAUACAUACAGGAGAAAAAUCUCAGAAAUGCAAUGUAUGAGGACAUGUCUUUACCUGACUCUCAGGUCUAAGGAAGUAUCUGGACAUUGAUAGCACAGAAAGUGUUACCACUGGAAAAAAAAAUGUGCCAUGUGCUUUAUCCAAGUAGUAUUCUUUCCAACACUUGACACUAGAGAAUUAUUAUCAACAUAAGAAAUUUGUGAACCCCUUUGGUUAAUGUUCAGAUAUUAAAAUAUAUCCCAGCAUUUGUUCUGAGAGAAACUCUGAAAACGUGACAGUGAAGGAAAUAGUUCAUUAAAAGUGUUCACCAGUUCUCCCCUCAAUAUUCAAUAAUGAAGACAAAAUGGGAAAGCCAGAAGAAUGUGGUGUUGUGUAGCAGUUUCCUGGAGACUGAAAUAAUCCAUUGCAAAGGGAAACUGAUUAAGGCAGGUAAUACACCUCAAAAUAUUAAUAUUCUGUAUGUUUAACUCAAAUGAAGAAACUCAGACAAGUUAUACUUCUUAAAAGAGGGCUUAACAAACUGAGCCACUAAGAUAGGAUGCUCUUUAUCCUAUAGAUAUGCCUACUGAUAUGCAGUUUGCUCCAAGUGUCCAUUUAUAAUCUGUAUCAUAUGCUGGUUUUAAGUUUCAACAUAGCAGUUGUCUUUGUCUCUCCAUAAUUGAUUCUGCAGUAAUUUAUCAUGAAUAAUUGCCAGAUUUUCCUAAUGUUAAUGUAAUUGACUUUCUAUAUUAAAAAGUAAUGAUAGGGGAAAUUAUAAUUUACUAAACUGCAUGUCACUGAUUAUGUCACUAUUCUUUUCAUAUAUCUUUUGUGUCCUCAGCAGUAGGAAAUGAUUUUCAUUAUAAUUUUAAUGUAAUGUUAAUUUGGGGAAAUUCAUUCUUCUUUGUUUAGGUUUUUAUCUCUUUGACGGUUUUGAAGGUUUGGGUAGUUUCUCCAAAUUCUACUUGUUUUGUGGUCAAGUUUUCCGUUUUCACAAAUGAUGCCAACAGAAUCUUGAUAAGAAUUGCUUACUACAAUCACAGGAUUUAAAACUCUGUUUGGACUGCCUUUCCAUUAAUAUCUUCUGUUGUCUUCCUCAGCCAAAACUCAGUAAUUUUCACUACUAUAAUUUUAAUAUUGAUUUUUUUUUGCAUAUUUGGAUGCUUUCUCAAAUUUUCAUAUCAUCUUCACAUUACUUUUUCUAGGUUGUAGGGAUGGUUUGAUUUGUUAAAAACAAAUUGUUUAGAAUAUUUACAUAAGAAAAACUUACUUGUCAUUUGUGUUUCCAUGGUUGAAUGAGAAUAUUAUACUGUGUAAGUAUUCACAUGUCAUAUAUGUAUUCUUCUGUUUUACAUCUUCUGUUGCUGUUCUUACGCAUGCUGGUCAGUGAGUCAUUCAUUAUUGGAAGAAUGUAUUUCAGUUUGUCAUUUCAUAAGCAACUACCUGUAUGAUGUAUUUGAGUUUUAGUUAAUUUUUUGCUUGUUUGGUUGUUUGAAAACUGCACAUUGACUUGCAUGAUGGCUACAAUAAGUUGCAUUACCACUGACAGUGUAUCUCUGCUUUUCUUUUGUUUCAUUGUUGGCAGUAUUUGUCAGUUUUGAGGACCUUGUGUAUGGACAAUGAGUAGGCAUAGUGGAAAUCUCCCUGCCUAGGAGAUGUGCAUUUUAUUCAUGACAGAAUGGAGCAUGUUUAAUGUGUACUUAUUGUCCUUUUGAAUUCCUUUUUACCAAGAUACAUGAAAAUCAUUCACAUAUUCUUUAAUUUAA